ACAGAAGGAGAUUAUGAGCUGUCAGAUAGUGACUACUCAACAACUUCUGAUUCAGAGGAUCAAGAGUAAUCUUGACACUAUCGACCCAGGAUGGGACGAUAUAGAAUGGUGGGACUCCCUCCUACCAAUAGAUAAUAAUGACACUUGUCAUUUAGAGAAAGAACAAAUCGACGCAAUCAGUGCAGCCGAUUUUGAUGACUUGUUAGAAGAACAAGACAUCACACCAAACUCGACUUUAUGUAAAGUUGAAAGAUUAGAUGAUGAGAUAUCUCACCUAGAAUGGAUUGAUUUAUCACUCCAUGAAAAAGAGAUCUCAGAUCUCAAUAAAGUUAGCCGCACUCAUGUAAAUUCAAUUUAUAUACGCGGAACAUUGUCCUUUAGUGGAUAUCGAAAGUAUAAUGUUGACUGUUAUGUUGACACUGGCGCUAGUAUGUGUUUAGCUAAUAAACACAUAAUUCCACCUAACUUUUGGGUAAAAGCAAAAGUCCCUAUCUAUGCUAAAUUAGCGGACGAUACAGUCCAAGAAUUUGACAUAGUAGCAGAAAAGAUAGACAUCCUUAUCCAGGACAAGGUGUUUACUAUUCCAACAUUAUAUCAAACCACCAGUAGGUAUGAUAUCUUACUAGGCAACAACUUUUGUCGCCUUUAUGAACCAUUUGGACAAUGGGGUAGAAUUAUUGCCUUCCAUAAUGAUGGUCAGAUGGUAGUUUGUCCUAAACUAACCACCGCCUAUUACCAAGGUAAACCUGGAUUCUUAGAAUCUAAAGCCUAUGGGAGCAAAACCAAAGCCCCACUACCCGAAACUAUUGCUCAAAAUCUUGAUUUUGAUCAAAAAAAUCUGGGGGAGGAUACCCAUACUUCCGUCCCACAUGAUUUAAUGUGCAGUUUAAUGAAUUUGUCAACUAUAGAAACUAAACUUGAUGCAGUUUGUAGUGACAAUCCAUUAGACCUUAGAAUAUCUAAACAACAGUUUAGAGCCAGUAUUAGGUUAGCAAACCCUAGUACAAAAAUCAAAGUUGCACCCAUGCAAUAUACCAAAGAAGAUAGAGAUGAGUUCUCUAAACAAAUAAAAGAACUUCUAGAUGCUAAGUUAAUCCAACCUAGCAAGUCCCCUCACUUUAGCCCGGCGUUCUUAGUCAAUAAGCACUCCGAACAAAAAAGAGGAAAAAGACGAAUGGUCAUCAAUUAUAAAAAAUUGAAUGAUCACACUAUAGGAGAUGGUUAUCUUCUACCUAGAAAAGAUGAGCUGUUAGAUCAGAUCAGAGGAAAAAAGAUAUUUUCCUCCUUUGAUUGUAAAAGUGGAUUCUGGCAGGUAUUGUUAGAUGAAACGUCACAAUCAUUAACAGCAUUCACUUGUCCUCAAGGACAUUUUGAAUGGAAAGUCAUGCCUUUCGGCCUAAAGCAAGCCCCAUCCAUUUUUCAAAGGCAUAUGAAUGAGACCUUCAUGGGUCUUGAAAACUUUUGUCGUAUUUAUGUCGACGAUAUUAUCGUUUUCUCAGAAAACGACAAAGAACACAUCGAGCAUGUUUCACAAGUGCUUGACAGGUGUAAAGAGGUAGGAGUCAUCCUAUCUAAACCAAAAGCCCAACUUUUUAGGGAAAAAAUAGAAUUCCUUGGUCUAAUCAUAGAUAAAGGAAAGCUUCAGCUACAGAAGCAUAUAGGAGAAAAUAUUACUGCUUUCAACAGUAAAAUAACUGAUAGAAAACAGUUACAAAGAUUUUUAGGUAUAUUAAAUUAUAUCUCACAGUUUUGUCCUAAGGUUGCACAGAUACGACAACCUCUACAGGCAAAGUUAAAGAAGGAUGCUUUCUGGCAAUGGUCAGACAGUGAUACGGCUUAUGUUGACAAAAUCAAAAAAGCCAUAAAGAAUCUUCCACCGGUGCACCAUCCCGGUCCAGACGAGCCCCUAAUCAUUGAAACCGAUGCUUCGGACAAUUAUUGGGGAGGAAUCUUAAAAUCUAAACAAUCAGACGGCUUAGAAUUAAUAUGUGGCUAUGCCAGCGGUACCUUUAAACCAGCUGAAAAGAAUUACCACAGCAACGAAAAAGAAAUCUUGGCCCUUAUAAAUACCAUUAAAAGGUUUCAAGUAUUUCUCAUCCCAGUUCAGUUCACAGCACGAACUGAUAAUAAAAAUGUGUUUUAUUUCUUACACACAAACAUUCAUGGUUCUUAUAAACAAGGAAGACUGGUAAGAUGGCAACUCUGGUUGUCUUAUUUUGAUAUUAUAUUUGAGCAUGUUGCAGGAACUAAUAAUGUUUUUGCAGAUUUCUUGAGUAGAGAAUUCUCAGAAUGACUCAACAUCUCUUAGAUGAGAUCAAGGUCAUUGACCAAAAGAUUCAAAGAGCAGAAAAGCUCAUUGAAGAAAAGCAAAUGAAGAUUGAACGUCUUCAACGCAAAAAAGCUACUCGCUGCUCUGAGGAAUGAACUGAUGGUCUUACAAUCUCCCAGCCCGUUUAAUUCUGAACAUGAGAGGUUUAUACAGCAUUUUGAACUUCUACAAAAAGCUUGUAUCCCUGAUCUCAUUUCAUACCCCUCAUU